UUGAUGUUUCAAGAUCCAAAUCCAAACGAUAUCGCGAAUAAACGAUACGGACUUCACUGCUGACGAUCAUUUGAUGCCCUGAAAGACGUUUUAAACAGUUAAAACGAACGCGUUUUCAUUCACGAAACAUGGUUGUGCUGUCAUGCAACAAAGAAGCAGCGCCUGCAAGCGUACGGCUUGUUGUUUACACGAGACGCUGUGGGAGAUUUCACGCCGGUGUUACGGCGAACUAACGGGAUUUUGAUGUGUUUUAACCGAGAAGACGCCGUGUGGUGAAUGUGUUUUGGCGCGACAUGGCUUCGGUGAACGGUUUUGGAGGUCCGGAGGAGCUCGAGGACUCGAAUCACGCGUUAAGUUUGAUGAAAGAGCUGAAAUUAUUCUAUGACUCGCAAUUAUUAGUCGACGUGACUAUCGAAGUAGAAGCUGACCGGGGGUCAGAGGACCAAAGUGUUUCUUCUCGUGUUGCAGCAGGAAAAAAUUUCCAAUGCAACCGCAAUAUACUGGCUGCAGCGAGCCCCUAUUUUAAGAGCAUGUUUACAGGAGGAUUGUAUGAGAGCACGCAGAGAAAGAUAACCAUUCAUGAUGUCGACGCCGAUUCAAUGGCUGUCAUCAUCGAUUACUGCUACACUGGCAAAGUGACAAUCACAGAAGGCAAUGUGCAAAGGCUCUAUGCAGCCGCUAAUAUGCUUCAGCUGGAGUAUAUACGGCAGGCUUGUGCCAAUUUCAUGACGAGAAGGUUGGACCUUUCUAACUGUGCAGGGAUUUUAAAGUUUGCUGACACCUUUGACAAUCUGGAGCUGAAGAGCAAGGCUCAAGCAUUCAUUGCAAAGAACUUUGUCCAGCUUAGUGCCAAUGUAAAGGAGCUUUGUGAGCUGGACCUGAGGCAAAUAAAAGAGAUCCUCACUCUGGAUUCUCUGGAUGUGGACUGUGAAAGGGAAGUGUGUUCUUUCGCUAUACAGUGGAUUGAGAAUAAUCUGCAUCCGGAUGCCGAAGAUGCAUCACAGGUCCUUAGAUGUGUUCGGUGGUCUUUGUUUUCGGAAAAAGACGGGGUUUAUCUCGAUAGCCUUAAAUCAAAGCCUUUAAUAAAGAAAUAUCUCUCAAAUGUGUUUGAUGGGGUCUUCGAUGAGCAAUGCAGUGUGAUUUCAAAGGGUGUAAAUGCUACCAAACAAAGAGUCGGCAAGAGUGCAAAAGAAAUGGUCCUCUUCUUCGGACGGCCAAAUGAACCUUUCAUGUGUUAUGAUCCCUACACGGAGGAAAUCUACUCAAUGGCUUCCCCGGUCAUUAAGCUAUCCAAUCAGAACUUCAAACGCUCUCCAAUGGAGGUGUUUUUGGUCUGUAGCACACCAGAGAACAAUCUGUACCUGGCCUCACAACUGUCAAAGCACUUCUGGGUGUACAACCCAAUGUUAAAUUGUUGGCAGGAGCUAGCCGAUAGACUGCUCGGACGAAUGCACUCAUACAUCGGGUACCUCAAUGGGCACCUUUACGUUCUGGGUGGCAGAGAUCCAGCUUCAGAUGCCAGGCUCAAGGAAGUAGAGUGCUAUAGCAUUCAAAGGAACCAGUGGAUUUUGGUGGCCCCUUUGCCUCAUUCGUUGGGAAAGAUGCAGGUUGUGACAGUCAAUGAGCGACUCUAUGUAGUGAAUAAGAGGAGGAUGCUCAGCUAUGAGCCCAAGAAAAACCACUGGCUCCAGCGAGGCUCUCUCAAACGCAGUAAACUCCACAAAGCCUGUGUCUUUCAGGAGCAGAUCAUCUGCCUGUGUGACAUCCCUGUGGUAAAAGCAUACAACCCAGCUCGUGGAGAAUGGAGGCGCAUUGGUGACAUUCCAAUUGAUAGCAGUGCUCUCAACUACCAAGUCGUGCAACACAACAACAAACUGCUUCUACUAACUAUUGCAAUAGUUCAUCACGACAAAAAUAGGCUUGUUGUACAUGAAUAUGACCCCACUCGGGACACUUGGAAAAAUGUGGCCACCAUGUUUGGAUCCUCUUUUGGGUCAAUGAGUCUCUCCAGCAGGGUGUAUACUGCAUGUCUGGGUUCCGGUCAGAAUUUCGUCUCGGAGGAGGAUGAUGACAGUGGCUCCAGUGCUGACUGGGAUUUUGACGGAUUGACUGAUGCAGACUCUGACUCCGGCAGCUCAAGCUCAUUUUCAGAUGAGAACUGGUAGUCAGUGUGGUUCGCAAAGUUUAAACCUUGUCAAAUGUGGAACUGUGCAUAAUACAGCCAAAUGUCAGAAAUGCUGCAAAAGUAUUUUGAGAUAUACAGUGGGGUCCAAAGUCUCAGACCAGAUUUUUAAAAAAACAUUUCAACCUAGAAAUAAACUUUAUGGAUUUAGAUUUUUUUUUUUUUUUUU